UUUAUGUUGCGUUUUUUGGUUUUAUUUUCAGAGCCUGGUUUGUGAGCCACUCUCCCGAAUUAAUAUGCGAGGCUUGCUGGAGCUGGGGAUACCGACCGCCAACCCAGAGGAGUGCUUGGAGAAACGUGGCUUGAUCUCCCUCUUGUGGAAGAUUAUCGGAACUAAAUUCUCGUGAUACUGAAGAAGAAAAGUCCAUCAUCGGCAAACAAAUGAUGGCAGCAGUUACCGUGCCACCUGAUGCUCUUGUUGGCCCUCAAGGAAAUGAAGAGAUGGACUCUCUGAUCGUACUGCAUUAUAAUUACACAGGAAAGCUUAUUUUAAGGGAAAAGGCAACUGAUAACAUAGACCUGCCCGCUAUUGCAUUUCUGAUCCUGUGUAGUUUCAUAGUCCUGGAAAACUUGAUGGUGUUGAUUGCCAUAUGGAAAAACAAUAAAUUUCACAACCGCAUGUACUUUUUUAUUGGCAACCUAGCUCUCUGUGAUCUUUUAGCCGGGAUUGUUUACAAAGUAAACAUUCUUAUGUCUGGGAAGAAAACUCUGAGCUUGUCCUCCACAAUCUGGUUCAUUAGGGAAGGCAGUAUGUUUGUUGCCUUGGGAGCCUCCACUUUCAGCUUACUAGCAAUAGCUAUUGAGCGGCAUCUGACCAUGAUUAAAAUGAGGCCUUACGAUGCGAAUAAAAAAUACAGAGUGUUCCUUCUCAUUGGUACAUGCUGGCUUAUUUCGAUUUCCUUGGGUGCCUUACCCAUCCUUGGCUGGAACUGUAUAAACAACUUACCAGAUUGCUCAACAAUUUUGCCUCUAUACUCCAAGAAGUAUGUUGUGUUCUGCAUUAGUAUCUUCAUAGCCAUUUUGGUUGCCAUAGUCAUCCUUUAUGCCCGUAUCUACAUCUUGGUAAAGUCCAGCAGUCGUAAUGUCACUAACCACAGUAACUCAGAGCGGUCCAUGGCGCUCCUUAGGACUGUCGUGAUCGUUGUUAGUGUCUUCAUUGCCUGUUGGUCUCCACUGUUCAUCCUCUUCCUCAUCGAUGUGGCCUGCAGAGUCAAGGAGUGCUCUAUAUUGUACAAAGCCAACUGGUUUAUUGCUCUAGCGGUCAUCAAUUCUGCAAUGAACCCCAUCAUCUACACUCUGGCCAGUAAGGAAAUGCGUCGGGCUUUCUUUCGCCUUGUUUGUGGCUGCCUGGUGAAAUCCAAGGUGGCCAGAUCUUUGCCGAUUCAGCCCACGCCAGAUCACAGUCGAAGUAAAUCCAGCAGCAGCAAUACCCAGAAGCCAAAGGAAGAUUUCCCACCAAUGAAUGUUCCCUCGUGUAUCUCUGAGAAAAAUGAAUCUUCAUUUCACAAUGGAAACUUCUGCACUACCACAGCAUGGGGUUGUGAUAGAAAUUCUCCCUGGGAAGAAGUCCAGCCAGUGGGACAAGAUCAUAUUUUCUGGCAGUGGGACCCUACACUCCUACUGUCUCCAGGCACUUUUGCAGAUACAAGAGGGAAGAUGCGGUACAACAGGAUCAUGCUGAAGGGCAUAUCUCCAUUUAUACCUGACCCUGCCUUGGAUCUGGAAUAAAAGACUCUUCAGUUUGGAAGACCUUCCAACUUUCCUGGAGCCCCAGACUUACUCUUUGAGAGGCUGUUCCAGAGAAAUCUGUGUGAAAACAACUUUAUGGUUCAUCACUGCCUUUACAGCCUCAGUACAGGAAGGUGUUCAGCAUCAGAGGGAUUCCCUGAGACCUAGAGCAGUUAAGACUUCAUAAACAUCUGGUUUCAAGUCCCCAUGGAAGUGGCCCGUGGUACUUCCAUCAAUAGUACUUUAUGGCUGGAGGCUUCAGUGGAGGUUGACGGGAAAUUCAGAAAUUAGUUCCCGUGGUCUUUCCGUAAGAAUGUAAGCAUCUAACUUUAUUGGGCUCUUUCAAAGAUUUGGUUUUAAUGUCUCAAACCAUUACUUUGCCUUAUGCACAAUCAGAAGUAGUUGGGGCUUUUUUAAUACACAGCCUGAAAGAGCUCAUCCUUAGCUUUACUCUGGUCUUAAUCAUUUAAAGCAGCAGCCUUAGACUCUUCCCAAGUAUGUACAUUGUAUAAGUUGUGUAAUGUGUGUAGCAAAAGCCUUUAAAAUGUAGAGGUUUGCGUUGUCAUUAUCUUUUACAAGUUAACAGUCUGCUUGUAAAUGUCUUAUGCUGUUAGAAAAGUAUAAGAACAAAGAAAAACUGUAUUUGAAUGAAAUAACUGUGAAAGAGAGUAGUAAAUAUAAAAUAAUUUCUACCAAAAAUGUUGAAAAGCAGUGCACUUAGAGAAGAAGAAAAAGCUAAACUAAGCUAAACAUGAUAUAACUAUAUGAACUGCAGAUACAGGCUGGGUCAGCAGCUCUGUAGCUUUGUGAGAAAUAGAACUGGUGACAUUGCAUUGCCAUGGCUUGCUUAGGUUUUUAGAUCUUACAGUGCUAUUUGGCUAUUUUCAGUGUGGAAUUUCUCCCCUGGUGUUAUGUCUUUGAAAACUGCCAGCUAAAAUGUUUGUGUACUUCUAAAUGAGGUGGUGGCACGUGGCAGUGUUCCAUGCUAUUGUAGAGCAGAAAGGCCUUAGCAGCACAAUGGUUUGAGAAAACAUUGUGGCUGACCCCACCCCAACUCUCAUGCCAAGGAUGUUAUGUGAUUCUCGCUAUUUAGGUGAAAAAAAUGAAUAUUUUUAAUAGCCAAAGUCCAAGAACUCAUAAAAGUGAGUUUUAACAUCUGGAUUCUAGCCUUAGCUAUUGUCAGAGUUGAUGCAAGGUACAAGUAAUGCAAGCAGCUCCACUGUUGGAGGCCAUGUGAUUGCGUGUCAGUACAAAACCCUUUCAUCUAUUUUGACUUCCUUUUCUUAUUUUGGAGCUGUGGGGAUAUUUUGUUCAUUCACUACCCUGCUGUACUUGAAGCAGGCUCCUAAGUUUCAUGUGUUCACAUGUAACACUGAUAAUAUAAUUUACAAAGUACUUAUCACUGAAGAGAAGAAAACUGUUGUGGAUACAGCCUUCAGUGGGUACAUCCUGCUGGGGCAUAUUAGGUAAAGCACAGAUUCUGGAAGAUUUCAGAGCAAAAUUUUAAAGUAGGACAAAUCAAGGGCUUAACAGCAGUGGACCAUAAACAACCAGGAAGCUGUCCUAUCCUUGAAGCUGGAGAAGAUUGGAAAAUAGCUUGUUUCACCCUAAAAUAUUAGAAAAUUCCUUAAAAUGCAUCCCAGAAUCUAAGCUUUUAACAUCUAGGCUGUUUUGAGCAUAGAAGAAACUGAAUCAGGUCUCCCUUUACCAACUGUUUUUACAUGGAGCAAAAGUUACAAGGGAGACUAAUUUCAUUCAUAUUAUUUCAUGAAUUGGAAUGUUUAUUUUGGUUCUGGAUUACAAAAGAAAUGCAAAUUGAACCACCUAAGGAGAAAAAAAGCUUUCACAAGAUGCUUUCCAAGAGUCUUUUAUUGCCAGCAGUCUUACAGAGUAUUUUCAACUCAUUAGGUACCACAAACAUUUUGAAAACUUUUAAUUAAAUCUCAAACCUUUGAA